AUGACACAUGCAAACGCUGUGGGCACGUUCCAGGAGAUGCUACAGCAGCACGCACGCGCCAUGACCUACGUGGCAGUGCACUACGAGACUGAGACCGAGACCGUGGCCGCAUUGCUGGCCAAACUUCACGGUGUGUUGGUCAGCGGUGGGAAACUUGUGUUUGUCGGGUGCGGGAAAUCCUUCAAGAUAGCAGCAAAGACCGUUGCGAUGCUCACGUCGCUCGGGCUGGCCGCAGCGCUGCUCCAUCCGACCGAGGCGCUCCACGGCGACAUGGGGCUGGUGCGUCGUAACGACGCGGUGCUUUUAUGUUCCAGCAGCGGCGAGACACCCGAGCUCGCGGUGUUUGCACGCCAGCUGGCCCCAGCCGCGCCGCCGGAAGCCACAGUGCUGGUGACUGGGGCGCACACCUGCUCACUGCGCGCGUUCGCGGACGCGGUGUUGCUGGUGCCGCAGCCGCGCAGGUUCCAGGAGGCCACGUUGCAGCACGGCCUGCAAUCGCCCACGGUGUCGACGACGCUGAUGCUUGCGACCCUCGACUGCCUGUGCCUGGCUCUCAGCGAGCUCUACUUCGACGGCGACCUUGAGCAACGACGUUAUUUUUUCAAACGGAUGCACCCCGGCGGCGGAAUCGGGAAAACCGUCAUGUCGUCGCAACAAUCGGCUGCCGCCGAGGAGGCACGCCGCGGUGACGUUGCUGACGACGCGGCGGCCAAUGACGCGGCCGCGCCGCCGGGCGUCGCGCCGAUUCCGGCGGUUAACGUGGCUGAGCUGGACGCCGACGCGUCGGAGCUGGAGUUUCUCCGGACCGCGGUGCGCUGCGAAUGGUGCGCGGUGGACGGCGCGCGCUACAGCUCGCAUUGGCUGCAACAGCGGUAUCGGGAGUGGAGCGCGGGCCCUGGAGCUGCGUUCAGCGUGCGUGCGCUCCUGGCGGUGGCGGCCGUGGCCGCCACCGCCAGCUGA